GUAUGCGGGCUUGAAAAUUUUUCUCAGCGCGUGAAGAGACGGGUGUAGUUCGCCCGAAAGUAUGCAACCCGACUCAAAAGGACAUCAGCUUUCGUAUCGGUCACAGUGCGGCUGAAUGUAACCAACAGAUACUGUCUGAAACUGAACUAUCCACUAACGCUUACUAAGUGAAUAACUUUCUCCAGUGAAACUCGCACGAAAAUCAAACUAACAAUAAUUUCAGGUCUAAUCCAUUUUUCUUUUACGAAAUAAGUAAAAGCGAAAGCAAAACCACACUCAGCUGCGAAGUGUAUCCGAGUGAAAGUCAAGAAGUGUUAUUAGUCCACGUUAUGUAAACCACAACAACGAGGGUGGCUUUCCGCCGAAGCCGAAGAAAUCGAAGAGGCAGAAUGAAACUAGCACAUCGUAGUAUGUCCUCUGUGACUGUACACAUGAAUGUUUAGUGGGAUUCAGUUUCCUUUGUGGAGUAGUAGAAAAAAACAAGAAUAAGCAUACUUCGUACCGUUCUAACGUCACAUGAUUUUACGAGCCAACGCAGCCGAUGAAGAAGGGUGUUUGCAGCUAUCGGGGAAAAGCAUAUUUUUCGCCUCAUUUCCCCAUCAAUAUUGUACGAACGGGCGUAUAGAAAAACUCGUUAAGUGAAUAAACAUUGCCUCCGCGUACGGAAGGAUUAGAGUUGGGUGGAAUAGGCGGGGAAAUAUUGCUGUACGAUUAUAGAAAUGAAUGCGUUCUGGGUAAACGACUCCCCUUUGGCCGUUAGUUAGUGCUGCUACCGGUGUACAGUGGGACGAAACUAUCAACCAUUUGCACUUACCGUUGGCGCCAUCGUCUCUGGCCAGCUGCCGGAAAGCGGAAGUUUACUGCUGGGAAAUUCUGGCUCGCUGCAAUGAAUGGAGCAGUAUUUUAUGAUCUCUCUAAUGCCAUUUGAUACGUCAUAGUCGUAAAAUUAAACAAUUUAUUCGCUACUUUGCAUAAGUGUUGAACAAGGUGCUCCUGGUCGUUCGGUGAGGAUAGCCCAGAACUGGCUUCGUUCUUGUCGUUGUACAAUAACUAGAACGAGAGAACGAUACAAACCAUGACAUAAUUUCAUAUUUUCUCGUCGAGACAUCGCAGUGGUUCUACAAGUGGUGUGAUGAAACAGUUUUGAGGGCCCGACCAGUACGGGCUCCUUUGAUAUAUGUGAAUUCUACAAAGUCGUCCCCGAAAAAGAUCCCAUCACGUGUUGAGCGGCCAUCAAUCAGGCUAUACUGUUACUAGCUGACAGAAUUUGGUAAUUAUCGUUAAUAGACGUGCUAGAAGUUGAAGUGUUUUAUUAAGACAUUGGAAAAAGCAAUGGAUCGUUGAUGUCAUCAAAGCUGUUAUAUGGAAAUUCACGCGAGGAAGAAGCAUAUCGAUAAAAAUUUAACGUAUUGCUGCAUUUGAGAAGUACAACUACACACUAGGUGGCAUUGGAUAUUCGUUGAUUUUAAGCUAAUGAGUUCACACUUUUGGCUCGAUUAAUUUGAAGAAAUGAAACAGCAUUCAAUGUUGCCACAAGUUUUUUGACGAAUGUAGAUGGUAGAUGGUAAGCGCCGUGACCCGCCCACUUUUGAAUGUUGUCAGGUGAAAUUUUGAUUCGAUCGCCAUUGAGCGUGGUGCUGCUACCACCACCCUCAUUAAUUGACCUUUGUAGAACUAUGGCGGCUAUUGCCACGCUCGCCAAUCAGCAAAAUAUCGAUGAUGACGACAUUUUCCUAGGUUUUUACUUUUGGAACCACGAGAAAGCUGUUCAGUCAUCACCGAAAACGGUUUGCUGAGCUACGAAAAUCCAAACUACCACAUGGAUCCACUGCGAAUGGAGCGCAACUCGCACCUUUAUGAGGAAAUCAUUUCUGAACUGCAACAGCAAGGUACAUUGCGACCAGCCGGUGCAGUAAACUUGGUUCGAGACCCUAACCAAAUGCUGGGAGGCAACAGGAAAGGAUAUUUGGAUAUUGGAACAAUGGGUGUCGACUCUAAGGAAGUUGACGGGUCACCAAAACACAAACAAAAACUACUGGACGGAUCACCCAACGAAUCAGAAAUGCAAAAAGAUGAAGUUUCAGAAAAAGAAGAAAAGACAGAGGAGGAGAUCCAGCAUAUAUCUGGAACAUUGAAUGCGGAGGACUUAUAUGCGUUGCCAAAUAAAAGGAAACAGGAAGUCGGUGAGAUUCCUCCCGAGGAUGAGGCGGACGAUGAUGUAGAUGAAGAGAAAGGGAAACAUGAAGACAUUGAAGGUAUUGAAGAAAAAGAUGAAACAAAGGAUCUACCCCCGGGAUGGGAGAAACAUGAAGAUAAUGGCGGUCCUUACUAUUGGCAUAUUAAAUCGGGAACGAUUCAACGGGAACCGCCGAUAUGGCCCAAGGAAUCAUCGAAAGAUUUUAGUAAACCUACAGCCGUUCCGACCCCUCGUUACGUGCAAAAUUCAAUGUUCUCUCAAACACUGGUUAAUCUCUAUGGUACCCCUAAGCCGGAAUCAAGCUCGGUUUCGUCCAGCAACGGCCGGUUGCAUGAAAGUAUUACGUCUGUUACACGUAGCAGCACUAGUUCUGCUCUGGAUCAAGAAGAUGAGCGCCGACGGAGGGAGGAUAUCGCUUUAAAACGCCGUAGCUUUCCGCUUAAAUCGGACACUGAAAGACCAAUUCGUUUCGCGGUUCGAUCACUUGGUUGGGUUGAAAUUGCCGAAGAAAAUCUAACACCAGAGCGUUCCUCUAAAGCGGUGAACAAAUGUAUCGUAGAUCUGUCACUGGGUAGAAACGAGCUACUGGACGUUGUUGGCAGAUGGGGUGAUGGGAAGGAUUUAUUCAUGGACUUAGACGAAGGUGCUUUAAAAUUAAUUGAUCCUGAAACGCUGACAAUACUGAACUCGCAGCCGAUUCAUACGAUUCGAGUGUGGGGAGUAGGCAGGGAUAAUGGAAGGGACUUUGCCUAUGUAGCGCGGGAUCGACUUACCCGGAUUCACAUGUGUCACGUAUUUCGGUGCGAUACGGCAGCCAGGACGAUUGCCAACACAUUAAGAGAUAUCUGCAAACGGAUAAUGAUUGAACGGUCCCUCCAGCUCGAUGCCAACAGUUCUAGCUCGAGCAGUUCCCGCUGUGCUAUUCGUCCCACUGAUCUGCCGACCGAACAUCGCCGAUGGAUACGACAUCCUUCAUUUCCCACUCCGAUGGAAGAACCGAAAAAGGUGCUCAAAGCUCAGUAUCUUGGUUCGAUGGAAGUGAACCAACCUACCGGAAUUGACGUCCUGAAUGAUGCCAUCGACAAGGUGGCAGCCGGUUGUCCGGUGGAAAAUUGGGAGAACGUUAACGUUUCGGUGGCGCCCAGUAUGAUUAGUGUGAACACCUCGGAUCCCGAAGCACGACUUUUGUGCGAAUGUCGAGUGAGAUACCUUAGCUUUCUAGGAAUCGGACGGAAUGUCAAAUACUGUGCAUUCAUUAUGCACACAGCUCAGGAUAAAUUUUUGGCACAUGUGUUUCAUUGCGAACCAUCCAGCGGGGCACUUUGUAAGACGAUAGAAGCUGCGUGUAAGCUUCGGUAUCAAAAAUGUCUUGAUGCCCAUCCUGAAGGAAACGGUCGCUACUCGGCUGAUUCACACACUCCGGGAAAAGGAAUUGGUGCGACUUUAAAAAACUUGAUGAGCUCGUUCUCACUUAAAAAGGAUAAGGCCAGCUCCUGAGAACGAGCUAAAUCACUGCAGUAAAUCAAGCCCCCGAUUGUAAUUUAGGAAAUCUGGCCACAGACCCCGGAGCGGGAGGUAAUCCCCCAUCGGCACCUGCAGUCUCCACUGAUAAACAAGAAAAUCUUCGAGUAUUCCAACAGUCCGUAGCAUAUGAUGCUGCCAGUAGCCUGGCAAAAAACUGCACUCAUCACCAGCGUAAGCCGCAAACCAUCCUCAUCCGCGCUGUCCGCUGCAUCGGCCGCAUCGACGGAAACGAUCCCCACAAUGGAAUCGCACAUUUACAGCCAUCGUGUCGCUAUUGCCGCAGUCACAACCAGAUACGGCAAUCAUCUUAGUACCAGUACUGCUACUACCACUAACAGUAGAACUAAUUACGAUAGUGAUAUUAUUGAUGCUAUUACCGACAGCACUACCAAAACCACCAAUAGAUCUACUAUCAGCGACGUAGCCUCAGUGAAUUCAUCAUUGCUGCCAUCGUCGACGGGUUUUCCAACGGAUUACCGGGAACAACCAUCGACGGAUCGGUCGGGUGAUCCCAGUAGUAGUUCCGACGAUGGACGUGAGUCUAGCAAUUCUAGUAAGCUGAACUGUGUGAUAGAAGAAUGCUUAUAAUUGUACUUGUAUGUGUGUUGAUAUCGAUUUGGUUUGGUUGCUGCCACAGCAAAAAAGGCUCAACAGGGUGGGAAGCUUUUCAAUUGGUGGAGAUUUUCUUAGCAGUUUUUUUUAAAAUUUCGUCUGGCAGCUAUAUGUGAAUCUGAUGAAUGGUAAUCUAGGAGGAAAUUUUCAGUAAAGAUUUAGGCAGGUUAUCGGUUGUGUAUAGUUAGAGGAACAUGUCUAGGGUAAUUCAAUCUGUCGAUAGAGAAGUCUAAUGGCAUCCAUUGUUAAAUCAUUCAACAGAAUCAACUACCGAAUUCUUCUAUAGAAGGUAUUAAGACAGGGUGCAACUCAAAAGUUUAUUCACUAGCUAUGCUUCAAUUUUUGUGAGUCUUAUGAGUUAAAUUUAAUUUCUGUGCGUGAUCUUCAAUCAGGAAUGUGUUCCCAAUAGGGUGGGACAAAAUUUAUAUUUCAGCUAUGAAAUGAAUUAAGGAGUGUAUCGAAAAGUAGUUAGCAACAUUGAUUAUUGAAUAGCGAAAAAAAAAAACAUAUUUGACAUCAGUUUUCGAUAUAUUGUAGAAAAAUUACAUUUUUAUGCAUUUCACAGAUUAUAUAGAAGAAAAUCUUAGUUUAAGUGAAACGCUCGCACUUUGGACUUGACAUUCUUCAUUAAAUUCUGCACAGUUACUUUUGUGACUGUCAAGUUUUUUUUUUGAACUCCGGCAUGCCGCUUGACAAUUGCCCAAUACCUCUCAAUUGGCCGAAGAUCCGGGCAGUUCGGUAGGUUGAUGUCCUUUUCCACGAAUUGUACAUUUUUUUUUGACAGCCACUCUAGAACGGCUCUAGUUGGCGUAGUGGGCUGAAGCCAAAUCCGGCCAGAAGAGAGGAGGAGUCUUAUGCUUUCUGUACAGUGGCAGCAUUCUCUUCGUCAAACAUUCUUCCUCGUACACCUUGGCGUUAAUUGUGCCCUAAGUGAAGAAAAUCGACGACCGCAAACCACAGGUACAAAUUGCUUGCCAGACCAACACCUUCUGCCCAAACUUUUCCAUCGUCACCGUGGUGUCAGCGUCCUGGUACACCGAUUUCGUAUAAUAUUGCGGUCCGGGCAGCGCUCGAGAGUCUUCCUUGGCGUAGGUUUCGUCGUCGAUCAGGAUGUAUCCGUCUUUAUUCUGUAGAAUCCGGUUAUACAGUUUUCGCGGUCUUGUUUUGGUUUGAACUUGCUGUACCAGGGACUUUUUCGGCACCUUCUGUUUCUUGUACGUUUUCAGGGAGUUCCGAACUUUGAUCCGUUGAAUCAUACCGAUGCUGGUGUUGAACUGCUUGGUCAAAUCCCGCGUCGACGCCGAUGGGUUUUUCCUGAUGUACUCAACCACUUUUAAAUCCCGGCCGGGCUGGCUGGGACCCGUUUUCCUACCGGAUCGGGGCAAAUCCUUCAUGGAAAGGGUCUUACCGAACUUCUCGAUAAUAUUUUUAAAACUGGUGUGGUGCACUUUUACCCGUUUUGCAAUUUCGUUGUACGUGACACCACUUUCUGAGCACCAAGUGUGCAGAAUUUUCUUUCGCGUUUCCGGAUCAAUUCGACUCAUCAUUGAAACGAUAAACCGUACCGAAACCAAUCGAUUGCGCAGCUGUUAUUGACAUGUAAACAAACAUGUCACCGCAAAACACGCUGCAAAAAAUUAAGCCAUUUCAGAGUAAUAAUUGUUUGAAUGUUGCUAACUACUUAUCGAUACACUCUUUAUGCCAAUUUUUAGCUUGAUCGGUGAAACUUUAUUUUCGCACCCGAGGUCUGUACGGCAUUUAGUAUUAGGAAAUUGACUUUUUGCAAAAAAAUCGUCUGGCGAUUUAAUCAUAUAAUGCAUCACUGCUACUGCUAGUGCUCGUCAUAUGAUAUGACUUUCUUUUACUGUGCUAUAAUGGUUAAUCUGAGUAGUUUGGUGUCUACACGACAAUUACUCAGCAUACUAACGGUCCAGCUGAUUUUUUUUGUAAAAUGUCAGUUUCCCCAUAUUAAAUCUCAUACAAGAUUUGAACCUCGUGCGCGAAAAUAUAGUUUUACAGAUGUAGCUGGUGUAUUUUCGGAAUUGCAAUUUGUCGGAUUAGAUCGUUCCGCCAAAUAUUCAAUCCAAUACAUUUUGUCUAUAAAACUGAAGGAUUGAUUAUGUUUAUUCCAUUCGUGUAUUGUUGGAUACCAAAGGCGGCACUACAACUAGGUUCUAUUGCUUAAAUUGGACGCGGCUCGAAGGCGUUAUAUUCUUCGCUGAUUUGACAUAUACUUGAGAAAUAUAGCUUAGUGUGAAGUCCGUAUCAGCUUCAUUGGAACAUAUGAAUUAAGCACGCUCAGAAAUGAUUUGUUCGUCUUGCUCUAGGGAACCUUUCCUGGUGAAUCCCUGAAUUUUCUUUCGUAUGCCGAUCGUUUAGGUCUGAUCCGUUUUGACCGGAACGCCGAUUGGAUUUACAUUCCCAUUCUUCAGUAACAUUUUCUUCCACUGAUCUCAUGUAAAUAUUACCUGAAACCUGUUUAGUUUGGCAGGUCAUACGAAUAUAAGUAGUACUAAAACAAAAGCAAUAUUAGAUAUAACACUUUUAUUGACUUAGCCAUUAACUAAAACCAGUGUAAACCUAGGUACAGCUACAAUUAACAAGGACACCAAUACACUCCAAAAAUAAAUGAAGACGAAUCAAGAGAUGAACACGCGUCGAUACUUGCUCGAUUUUAUAUAAGAUUUGAAAAGUAUCAAAAAAUGGCCUUGCUUAAGUCAUUACAAUAUUGCUGUAUCAAAGGCAAUAUGCAAGGAUACGGGAUUCAUAGAACAGAGUUCGCACGUCUUGAAUGAGGGUAACUGAUGGAUUGCCCCGGUUUUGCCUUUCCGAGUAAAGUUUGCAAUGGAUCACCUUUAGAAUAUUGCGCGUCUGCUCUAAAGUGUAAAACUCGAGCAAUCCACGCCACCAGUGUUUCUCAAUGAAAAACACCAUAAGCUACCGUCAUUCUGGCGUUUCUUUGAUCUGUUGUAAUGACUUAUCGAAGGCCAUUUUAUGGUAUUUUGAAAUCGAGCAUGUUUUGACGCGUGUUCGUUCCUUAAUUCGUUUUUAUUAUUUUUUUAGGGUGAUUUGGUGUCCUGUAGCUGUACUAAGUUUAACUUUGUUUUCAGUUAAUGGCUCAGUCAAUAAGUCUAUUAUGUAUUGUUUCAAUUAUUUUUGUUUCAGUAGUACUGAUAUUUGCAUGACUUACCGUAGUAAGCAGGUUUAUGAUUAUAUUCACUUGCGGACAGCUGAUUUUUGUAAGUGACCAUCGAUUUACAUGGAUAUAUUGUCUUCUGAUCAAAGGUCACAUAAAAUGAAACCGACUUUUUUGAGUGAGAUUUGGUUCACAUGAACAAAGAGGAUUGUGUACAAGGCCGUCACUUAUAGCGUUAUAUCUCCGGAACCGGAAGAGAAUUUCGAAUUUGAUCCACUUCAAAAGUCUCCAAGAAAAUUGUGCGGAUGGAAAAAUUUUUGAAAGGUACAUAAACACAAACACACACCCACAUUUUCCGAUUUCAUUGAGCUAAUUCAAAUAGUAUACAACACGUGGGGGUUCCGGAGCUCCGAUCGAGAAUUAGGUUUUCUAACAAUUCUAUUAUUUUUCAAUAAAGAUAGGCAAAACAUAUUUCAACAUUCAUAUUUUAAAACUUUCGCCUAGUAGUGUGUAUGAUCCCGCAAAAUAAUACAGUCUCCUUUCCUAUAGAACUGACUGUAUUUUGCGCUAUCAUUAUUAUUCAGUUGGAUCAUCUGUAUUUUCUCUUGCUCGAGGACCGAUCGACUUGUGAAUAGGUUCACUGUAUUGGUAAAACAGUGGUUUUCCCAUAAUACUGAGGAUAUUACUUUCCAGCUGACUGUUUUGUCUUUGGGCGCUUUUUACGUGGUUCACCGGAUGCAGUCCUCUCAGAUGAUGAUCGUUUUGAUUCCAGAGUGAAUUAACGGAUCCAUGUUUCAAUCAUUGUCACACAUUAAUGGGAAAAUCUGAUUGAUUACUUGUAAACAUGACCAAACACUGCUCUGAAUCAUCAACACGUUGUUGUUUUUGAUUGACUGUAUCUAUAUUUACUGUCACUUUUUUCUGAUUAACCGGAAUGUCAUGAAAUUUCACAAAUCGUUUAUUGAAAAUUGGUACUUUAUAAAAGCCAUAUAGAUUUGAUGAUGAUAGCGCCAUAUAUGUGACAGUCACGCGACUUAUUUAGUGAACUGUAUCAUAUUGUCUUAACAGAUGUGGUAAGUUCAGACGCAAGACACUUCUAAUCGAAGUCUGGCUAAAUUUUGAACUUUUGCUUAAAACGAUAUGGUUUUUAGAAGAUUCACGCAUUUGACUAUCUCCAACUUGGUCUCGGUGAAUAUUCAUGAUCGGUGUCAUCGAUAGUCAUUCCUUUAUCCGAUGCGAGAAUAAAUUUUCAACCAUUUGUGAGGAAAUUAUUCCAAUUCAAGAUUCAAAAAUCAUCAAUUCCAUAAAAUCCUGUCAAAUUUUACAUUGAAGAAUUACGAGUUUUAGUUUGAAUGUAAUCUAAGGGCCAAUAAUGACCGCUUCAUUAUCGAACAGCCAACCGUUUCACCUUAUUCUGAGGAAUGUUUUCCCAUCGCUCACACUCAUGUUCUAGUGUUAAAAACUUAAGUUCACUAUCGACAGAUUUUUGGUGGAACCCUAUGAAUUACACUGAGUUUGAUUGUAGUGCUAAGUUAGGACAUGAAAGUACGAACGAUUUAGAAAGAAAGCAGAAGGGACAGUUUCUGAUGUGGAAAGAUUCUAGUUUUAGCUGUGAGGAGUUAUCCUACAGGGUAUUAUGUACGUCUUGGUUUGAUUUGUAUUGAGUUUUAGUAAGACUAUUAUAUGUCUGAAACGUUAGAAUAGACGUUAUUUACGAAACCGGUGGAAAGUAUUCUAUAAUCUAGAUAAGUAAAGUAAAUCAUCAAGUAAUUACUACGCGCUUCUAUUCAAACCAUCCCAAUACGAAACGAAGGAUACAUAUCCAACUUUUUCUGAGGAACUAAAUCAUUUGGUGAUUUCCGUUCUCGGAGGUGUAUUAUUUGAAUACGCGCGAAGAAAUAUUUUUCAGCUAUUAGAUGUCAGACUAAAGUUGUAGUUGUUUGUUCUUUUUACGCUAGUCCAGUGUAAUUUAUGUUUGUAAAGCAGGACCAAUUUUCGAUUCCACAUGAACUAUACAAGUAAAAGCAGAUACGCGUUUUCUGCAAACGCAAGGUAUUUACACCGAAAAGCAAAACAUUGCCAUAAUGAAUCUGUCGUGGAUGACUGUGACCACAUAUAUAAACAGUAAUGAAGCUAUCUUGAAAAUAGAAACAAUCGAUUAAGUGCUUGAAAGUAUGUAACAUGAUUUAGAAUGCAGCUAAGUUUUGUUUGUUUACGACCUAGUUUAGUUUGCACUGGAUACAAGCAGACUUGAAAUAUUUACAUAUGAAACACCAGCAAACCAUUGAUUUCGAUCCACUAGGAAAUUUGUCCAGAAUAUGUCCAUUGUAUCAAUCGAAAAACACAACAAGCUCUCAUGCAAAAUCAAUACAAAUAAAAAUAGAAAACAAUUAUAGAUUAUACAAUGUGGUAAAACAGUGUAAGCAUUCGCAUUUUAGCAGAAUUUAAGCAAAUCAUAACAGAAAUGCAGUGCACUAAAAGAGCUAAGCAAACAAACAUUUUCACAUUCACGCUAACUGCAUCCAAUCGUAUGAAUGUAAAUAAACGAAAUGAAAAGUUUCCAUCAAUAUUUCUUGCCUUCAAACAAAAAAAAGUGUAUUCAGAAAUAUAUGACAAACUAGCUGAAACAAAACAGUAUAUUUAUAAAAAAUAUAUUAUUUUUUAUCUAGGAGCUUUUGUGACAAACUAUUGGAAGAAGUCAUUCAUGUGAAGAAAUGCUAUUUAUAUUCGCCCGAAGAAAAAUAGUGGAAAGCUGCUGCACAUAGUGAUAUUAUUAAUCGAUUGCUUCAUUGAACGAACGUAAAUUUAGAAUUUAUUUCGGACAAGCCGGACAUACUGCAUAAGUUGACUGGAGUAACUGAGUGAAAUUCGAAAGUAACAACAACGUUUUUGCUAGUAAACAUUUCGAAAAUACUAUGAACAAAAAAAAAGAACAUUACUGAAAACUGCAAUGUUAGGUAUAAAGCAUCCACUCACACAAAAGCGAAAAUGCAUGGUGGCAAAGAGAAACCGCUAAAAAUGAAGGCAAAACAAAACCGCAUUAACUAAACAAUAACCAAACUAUGGCUUGCUUUUCGCACUCGUGCACAAUUGUAUUCAGAAUAAUGUCAAAAUACAAACAAAACCCGUUCGUAAUAAAAAAAAAACUGCUGCAGCAACUGGCUUGAAGUGAAAUAAUAACGACUAAAGUUUAAUGUAAGCAAAAAAAUAAAUAUGAAUCUGCUUUGUUGAUAGGAAGAACUGUAUUCACCACAUUAAUAGUUAGGCGGAGAUGACUAAGGUUGACAGGAACAGUUACACAUCAAAGCUAAUUAAACAUGAUGUCAUUGUUGUAUCGGUAUCGGUAUCGGUAACAGUAUUUUGAAUACAGUAAUAAUUGAGCUAUUUUUUUUGUUUAGAACAAAAACAUAACUAAUUUUUAAUCUAGUGGUAGCUGCGAAGUUCUGUAUGCCACAUACAGAUUAUCAGCUAGUCAUACA